GUUUACCCUCUCCUCCACCCUCCGUAAUCCUGUUCCAAUUUCCGCCUGCUUCACGCUCUUUAUCAAUUUUGCUACCAGCUCCUUGCAUCCCACCUACCAGCUUUUAAAUCUACUAUUUCGCUCUUCAUACUGUACCAUUCUCUCAUAUAGAUCCGGGAAGACAUGUCUCAAUAUGUCUUGAAGAUAUACUGCUCAGCCAUCUCCUUGUUUGACAGAUUCCAGCCCAGGAGUUGUGCUGCAUCUCGGCUGAAAAUUAACCACCCACUGCAGCCUCAGAGACGGGGUCUCUUCCGAGGUCUUCUUACCAUAGCACUAUUGACUAGUGCUUACCUCUCAUCUAAGAUGACUGCCCUAGAGGCUCCAUACAACAGUAGGGGACGAGACUCAUUUCAACCAGCAUCCACUCGCAAAGAAUCCCCAGAAGCAGCAAGUCAGGAACCGGAAGCCGGCGGAUGCAACCCUCACACCACCUUCCGCAUUGAUUCCGAAGAUUCCGAUAGAAGCCUUCAAUUAAUAGUCAAGCAACCAGCACACGCAGCUGGGCGGGACCUUGCCCAUGUGGAAUCAUCAAACAGGCCAUACAUGACAGAAUCAGACCACCCUACCCCUAUACCGUACAAUUCAGUUCCCGUUAUCCCACGGAACAUCAACACAACAUCAAUGGCGUAUUACGACAACCUCGCUCCAUCCAAAAUUAUGCAUAAGAAUAGAAGACGAAACGAGGCGUUUGGAAGAGAUAUGCAUGCAGCAGCAUCGAUGGGCUUGGAAGCGACCGUGAAACCUGGACACACGCCGGUGAAAUGCAACAAUGGUAUUACAAAAUAA